CGCGAAGCACAGCUCGCCUUGCCUCUGUUCAGCUCACGGCGGAAGACGAGGGCGACAGCACACGAGAGGGAGGCAGGAGCGGAAGCGCGCAAGGAGGUCAGUGAAGCACGCGCCCACGGCCCACAUCCAGAGCAGCACAGCACCGCGCGAUGGCGUGCAUCAACAUGUACAACCCUGACGGCGCGCCCGGGUUCGGCGGCGGGCCGCAGCCGCCGGCCGCGCUGGGCCCGCGCGUCUCCUUCUCCAGCGACUUCGCCGUGGAGCCGCCGCCGGUGCAGAACCGAGCGAUGAGCCUGCGGUGCCAGGAGGAGGACGUCAACUUCGAGUUCUCCGUGGGCAGCCACCCCAUGAUGGCGGCCGACCAGCUCUUCUCCAAGGGCAGGAUCCUUCCCCUCAGGGACAACGGCGGCUGCUUCGCCGCCGCGCGGCCAACCACCACGCUGCGCGACGAGCUCUGUGGCGGCGGCGGCGGCGGCGGCGGCGCCAGCGACGACGACGAGAGGGCCUCCGCCGCCGGAAGCAAGGGGUCCGGCCGGUGGAAGGAGAUGCUCGGCCUGCGGAAGGCGCUCUGCGUCGGCGUCGGCGGCGGCGGCGGCAACGGCGCUCCCGCCAAGAAGGUUGGUAGCGGCAAGAAGGGCGUCGCCGACGACAUGGCAGCGUCCAAUCAGGUCGGCAUGCAUCAUGCGUCUGCAUCUGCAUGCGUCCACAUGGUGGAAGCUAAUCCGGUCGACACCUUGUCUCAUCAAGCAUCUGUUUGCUUCACACAGCAGGAGCUAUGACCGUGCCGAUGGGAGAGACGAGACAGGCAUGGGGAGUGGGUGCACAGCGCCACACACUUCACAUGCAUGAAGCUUACUUUUGCUCGGCUCCUCCUUCCUGAUGCUGUUGUUCGAUGAACCUCUUGAAUAGUGCUUGCCAUCAUCGACCCAUGGGCUAGCUAGCUAGGUUUUGUAGAUUGUUGUCAGCGAGUCUGCUUAUUGUGUGCUAGGUGGCCUGGCCGCUGAAAAGAGCCACCCAAAAAAAUGUGUGUAAUUUUCUUGUAUAUAUAUUCUAAGUGCUAUGAUAUUCUCUCUAUCC